UUCUUCAUCGCCGUCUGCAAAAACCCUACGAGAUCCAUCAAUUUCCACAAAAAUGAAGGUUGUUGCCGCGUUCUUGCUCGCUGUUUUAAGCGGAAAAGCUUCCCCAACCAGUGCCGAUAUCAAGACUAUUCUCGGAUCAGUUGGUGCUGAGUCAGAGGAUGCUCAGAUUGAGCUAUUGUUGAAGGAAGUGAAAGGGAAAGAUUUGGCUGAGGUUAUUGCUUCUGGAAGGGAGAAGUUAGCUUCAGUGCCGUCUGGUGGUGGUGGUGUUGCGGUUGCUUCUGCUCCAUCUGGUGGAGGAGGUGGUGGUGCUCCUGCUGCUGAGUCCAAGAAAGAAGAGAAGAAGGAAGAGAAGGAAGAAUCCGAUGAUGACAUGGGUUUCAGUCUCUUCGACGGUAGAAUAGAAGCUACUAUUGAUGUCCUCGAGCAAGAAGGUGCUAUAGCAGACGAGUUAGAGUUUCCAUUUCUCCGUACUUCUUCUCCAUCGCCGUCUAAAAACCCUAAUCUCACUCCGCCUCCUGCGAGAUUCAUCAACACUUGCGCAAAAAUGAAGGUUGUCGCUGCGUUUUUGCUCGCCGUCUUGAGCGGGAAAGCUUCUCCUACUAGUGGCGAUAUCAAGACUAUUCUUGGAUCAGUUGGUGCUGAGACUGAGGAUUCUCAGAUUGAGCUUUUGUUGAAGGAAGUGAAAGGGAAAGACUUGGAUGAGCUGAUUGCUGCUGGAAGGGAGAAGUUAGCUUCAGUUCCGUCUGGUGGUGGUGGUGUUGCAGUUUCUUCGGCUCCAUCUGCUGGUGGAGGAGGUGGUGGUCCUGCUGCUGAGUCCAAGAAAGAAGAGAAGAAGGAAGAGAAGGAAGAGUCCGAUGAUGACAUGGGUUUCAGUUUGUUCGAGUAAUGCGGUAUACUUGGAUUCCGGUUUUGCUGUACCCUUUUGAAACUUAUAUCUUGUUGUUUAGUCUGUACUCGAUUAUCUUUUUAGACGUUGCUGAAAUUUUCAAGAGAUUUACUCAAACAUCAGUCCACUUGUUGUUAUUGGCAUUUAUAUUUCAAACUAUUGCCUUUGUUACUUCAUCAACCGCUUUAAGUUCUUAACAGAUUUUACUUUUGAACGAUCCUAUAGUAAAACUGUUAACACAUU